AUGGCGCCUUCACACUCGUUUAUUCUUUUCUUGUCAUUCGUUUUGAGCCUCGUUCAGGCUGCCCCUUGGAUUGUGACAGAUGUCUACGAGCAAAGGGUUGUUACAGAUUCCUAUUAUUCCGAUGUGGUCACUGAGGUCCAACAAAUCUCUCCGACUGCAACUUUGCCAGCCGAGGCCCUGUCCACCAUUGUUUCCACAGAUACCAUAUAUGACUACACUAUUGUCCAGAAGCUGUAUCCGACUGGCUAUGGCGAGCAGCGAGGCGUAUACGAUGGAUACCGUGACAUGGAUGAUGAUGGAAACUAUCACGGCACCAUUUACAAGGUCAACCUGACUUACUCGGCCCCGACAGCCUGCUCUACUCAAUGGACCACCACGACCGGUGUCACGAUCACGCCUCCCUAUGAGAUCGCGACCUUGCUACCCAGAGAUAAUGUAGAAACCUCGACAUCCAUCGACAGCAGCCAGGCAUUCGAGCCCACUACCUACAUCUACGAGGUAGUGUUUGUGGAUCCCACCCAGGUCCCCAAGAGCACUCUGAACUCCCUGAGUUACUACAACACCCCCACUGCUCGGUACUCAGGUGCCGGGUGUGAGUACACAGGUCGCUCCUCUCAUUACGGCUACUCCGACGGAUACAACACUGGCGAAGAUAGCUCUGACUCUGGCUACAACGAUUCAUACUACUACGGCUAUGGCUACUAUGACGACGACAACUGGUUCACCAGCUCACGGUGGACCGGCUGGGGCAUCUCCUACCUCGGAAUUGUACUGGUCUGCACGCUAGGCUGGAUCGGCUUGAUAUUCAUCCUGGGCAUGAUCGAAGCCUGGGUGCGAUUCCGUCGCCUCAUGACGGGCUGGCAGACCCGCCGUGGUAUUCCUCUUUUCUGGGCAUUCCUUUUGCUCCCUCUGUCUCUGUUCUUCCUGUUUUGUUUCCGCAAGGGCUACCGCGCCCGCAGCAAGGAGGACGCCGAGAUCCUCAAGCAGAGGUGGGAUGCCAUGAGUUUCUGGACAAAGCUCCGUUUGUUCUUCGCCUGGGGUUUCCGCUUCAAGUACCCGACUGUCUUGGGCCCCGCGCCCGCGCUUGUCAGGACAAGCAAGAAGCCUAACGAGACUGGUCCGCGCUUGUUGAAUCCCACUGAUGCUGAGAUGUCUCAGACUCCUGGAUCUCAAGCUCAGCCUCUUGCCGUUUCACAGGCAUCUGGUGCUCUGCCAGCGGGUCAUGCCCAGGAGACUGGUACCGUUCAAUAUGCUUGA